UCCGAUCGUACGAGUACGAGUGUCGAAAGCUUGAAAUGGACUUCAUAACCUUGCUCUGACAAAGUUAUUUUCGAAGGUUGUUGUAGCUUGCAAAGAUGGACAAAGGAGGAAGAGUAGAUUUGAGCUCCCCGAGAUGGGACCAGAGCACGUUCAGCGGUCGCUUUCGCCACUUUCUUGCAAUCACAGACACUCGUUUGCUGUUCAAAAGCGACAAGGAAUUGGACAAAGCAAUUGAGGUGGUCUCUGCCCACAAUCGAGGCGAACAUGUCGAGGGCUACACGGCUGAUCAGCUGUGGGCGGCCAAGCACCUCGUGGACUCGGCCAUCCACCCGGACACCGGCGAGAAGAUGUGGUGGCUGGGAAGCAUGUCGUUUCAAGUGCCAGGCGGUAUGCUUAUCACUGGAGCCAUGCUGGCGUGGUACAAAACGUUUGCCGCCGUCUUCUUCUGGCAGUGGGUGAAUCAGUCGUUCAACGCCGUCGUGAACUACACAAACCGAAACGCCAAGUCCACCAUCACUGACCAGCAGGUGGCCCUUGCGUACACUUCGGCAACAGCAGGUGCGACGUCCGUAGCGCUGGUAUUUCGUAACCUGACAAAGCGAGCUCCUCCACUGCUGCAGCGUUACGCUCCGUUUGCUGCCGUCGCCGCUGCCAACUGCAUCAACAUACCGCUCAUGCGCCAGAGAGAACUUCUUGACGGCAUACUGGUGACUGACGAACAUGGAGAGGAGCUGGGCUAUUCACGUAAAGCUGCCAAGAAAGCCGUCGCCCAAGUCUGCUUCUCCAGAAUUACAAUGGCCGCUCCUGGAAUGCUGUUUGUUCCGAUCGUUAUGGAGCUACUUGAAAAGAAAUCAUUCUAUCAGCGUGCCAGAUACUUGAAUGCUCCUAUCCAAACAUUGCUCGUUGGAAUGUCGCUAUGCGUGAUGGUACCGUUCGGUUGCUCGCUGUUCCCGCAGAAGAGUACUAUGGAUGUGAAGAAACUGGAGCCGCGCUUGCAGAAGUCCAUUGCAGCCAGACCGGACGGUUCCUCCAUCAGGCGCGUCUUCUACAACAAAGGACUGUAGUGCAGUAUGACGAUGUAAUCCUCAAGAGGAAAGAUGUAAUCCUCUAGAGGAAUGAUGUAAUCCUGUAAUACGAUGACAUCAUCGUCAGCAUCAUGUGACAAUUAGGCAGCUGUAUGGCAUCAUCAUCUUUGUUUUCCUCCAACCAAAAAUCUAUUCAUCUUUGUUUUUAAUCAUUAGGUUUCGAGACAGUUUAUAUAGAGGUUCUCUGAAAAAUAAUUUGGCAUGAAAUUCUCAACAAAAUAAUUAUAGUGUUCAUCUGCUUGUCAUCAAAAUAAUAUAAAUCCACAAUCAGAUGAAGCAGCAUUAUUCUCUUAAAAUGACUUGACGUUCUCUGUCAUACGUAUUUCGUUCUUUGCAGUGACAUUUUUAACACUCUGUUAGUCUGUUUCUAUUAUACGAUUCAUGAAUGAAACAAAACACAUAAUAUUUCAACACUCUUUGCUAAGCAAUCAUGCUAAAAUCUCAA